AUGGCCAAAUUAGAAGAAAUUCAAAAGAGUUUAGGUAUGAAAGCUUUAAAAUUAAAACAAGAUGUUUCAACUCGUUGGAAUUCAACAUUUGAAAUGUUGGAUUGCAUUUACAAAAAUAAGGAAGCGGUAAUCUCGGCUUUAGCAAUUUGCAAUCCCAAAUUAUUAUUAGAGAAUGAUGACUGGAAAAUCAUCAAAGAAGCUAUAGAGCUUCUGCAAAUCUUCUCAGAAGUCACAGAGGAAGUUUCUUCAGAAAAAAAUAUAUCCUUAUCUAAAACCUCUGUUUUAGCUCGUGGCCUGGUAAGGUGUACAAGACACAGCUUGAGCACGCAAGGCUUAAGUGAAGUAGUUGAACUGUUAGGAGAUAAAUUACUCGAAUCCUUAAGUCAUCGUUUUGGGAACCGGGAAAGGAAUGAUUUAGUAAGUCAAUCAAUCUUUCUUGACCCCCGGUUCAAAAAACAAGGAUUUGGGGAAGAAUCCCAAUUUGUGAACACAAAGAAGUUAAUAAUUCAAAAAAUUCAAGCUGUUGUCCGAACCGAGCCACAGUCACGAGCUGAAAUUUCAAUUAAUCUGCCAAGUACAUCCAAAAUUUGGCAAGAAUUUGAUGAGUCAGUGUGCAUUAUGAGAGCGGUCCAAGAUCCAAAAGCUUCUGCUAUUGUCGAAGUCGAUAAAUAUAUAGCAGAACCUCUUGUGGACCGUCGCACUGACCCUAUGGUUUGGUGGAACGAUAGGAAAAGUCUAUUUCCUAAUUUGUAUAAUCUAGCUUUGAAAAUAUUGUGCAUUCCUGCAACCUCUGUUCCCCGUGAGAGAAUUUUCUCUAAAUGGGGUCAGAUAUGUGCAACAAUAAUCGUCAGACUGUCAAGCAGCUCUAAAGGCUGCCCAGGCCUUCGAGAUUAUCUCAAAUAA